AUGAACAGUGACAACAGUAAUAUAAUGAAGGUCUUCCAGCCUCCAACGGAGUCCGAAAACUUUGAAAGUUGUCUUGGUUGCGACAUUUUUAACUCAAUUUUCCUGAUAGGAAGCGGCAGCUAUUUAUUGACUGGCCGUCCCACCAAAAGAGGCAUCAAAGAGUCACUUAGCGAUUAUGCUUUAAAGCACCCAAAAUGGUGGAGAGCAACUAUUCGAAGUGUCGGUGGCUUACUGUUUGGAUUUGGUCUUUAUAGAGGAAUCGAAACUUAUUCGACAUGGGCCAACGGUGGUUAUUCUGAGGCUGGCGGUAAGAAACUUGAUAACUAA